GUAUUGAAUGUAUUUUGUGAGCAAUGCUUUGCAGAGAGAGUGUGACAUAAACUGUGUAUAAACUAUAGAAACUCUUAUAGAAACCUCUCAUACAAACAGUGUAUACAACUAUAGAGUGAAUGCAUUGAGUGUUUGGCUUAACAUCGACUGAGUUGUUGUGUUGUGCUCUCAGUUAUCAUACAAAUGGCGAUAUCAGUGACAACAACGAUGAAGAUGUGACCAUCACUUGAGCCAACACACCAUCACAUGUCUUGACAAGUGUUUGAGUAAAUUAUUGAAGGCUUAAGAAUGUGUAAACUGAAGCUCAUGAGUCCGGCCGGUGCCGAAUCUGCAGAGUAUGACUGGCCUCUGACCAGUUCGGACAAAUAUGACGGCGCCAUUGAAAUUGUUGACACAAUCAGACAUGUAUGUGAGGAUCACCCGGACAUCAAAAAGGCAAUGGAGAUGAAUGUACUCAAUGCUUACGAUACUAAAUGUUUUGAAAGUAUGAAAACUUUGUGUGAUAAAUAUAAUCGCGUUAUUUCAAGUACUUUACCACUGUGGAAAGGAAUAGCAUUGAGAGCACCUUCUAAGCCAUCGACAAAUCUAUUAAAACACAUAAUUCAAAAAGUAUACAACUAUUCAGUGACAGAUCCCGAUAAACUCAACCAAUACGAGCCAUUUUCACCAGAAGUCUAUGGGGAGACAUCGUUUGAAUUCAUUUCUCAGAUGAUCAAUGAAAUUGGUUUAACAUCUGAUGAUGUAUUUGUUGACUUGGGUUCAGGUGUGGGACAAGUGGUCUUACAGGUAGCGGCGGCCACCAAUUGUCGCGUCUGCUACGGCAUUGAAAAAGCAGACGUGCCCUCCAGUUAUGCCCAAACAAUGAACAAAAGAUUUACGUUUUGGAUGCGUUGGUUCGGUAAAAAACAUGUCGAUUAUCAGCUGAUUAAAGGAGACUUUUUCCAUAACGGACAUAAAGACAUUAUUAACAGCGCGACAUUUAUUUUUGUAAAUAAUUUUGCUUUUGGUCCGACUGUUGACCACAUGCUUAAAGAAAGAUUUGCUGAUAUGAGAGAUUGCGCUAAAAUUGUUUCCUCAAAAGCCUUUUGUUCACUUAAUUUCCGAAUAACUGAUCGCAAUCUGAGUGAUAUCGGAACAAUUAUGGAUGUCUCAGAAAUACAGCCUAAAAAGGGUUCAGUUUCGUGGACCGGCAAACCGGUGUCUUAUUACUUACAUGUUAUCAAUAGAACCAAAUUAGAGAAAUAUUUCGAGAAACUUAAAAAUCCUAAAAUAAAGAACAAUAACGAAGAAGAAAAUAAAAAUAAGAAAAACCAGAUAAAACCCGAAAGUAGUAUUAGUAACAGUGAUUCGUCAUCUAAUGACUCGAAAGAUAAUAAUUCGGAGACAUUUCCCAAAUGGACGCGUAAAGCAUGGUCUGAGUGGUGCAAUAGCAGCAAAGGAUCCACUAAUGGUAAUCAGAGUAGUGGUAGUCAACACAACGGUAGUUCAGAUCACGAAAGCAAUGAUGAGUCUGAAAAUAUUCCGCGAAAGAAGAAAUACAAUCGAGUGGGACGGCCUCGCAAAUACCCAUUGGGUGUAAGCGCUGCCAUCAAACGUGCUAAACGAAAGCAAUCUUUUAUCGACAGUCCUGGUCGACGACCCGGAAGACCGCGUAAAGACGGCAAAGGCAUCAAUAAGUCUAAGAAAUCAUUUAUGUUUAAUGGACUCGACUUACUUCACGCGCAAACCGUUCUCAGCAUUUCAUCGUCUGCGGGACAACGAUUAGAACCGGCGCCGGGAUGUGUUGACCAAAAAUUAGAUACUUCUUGCAGAGUUACUUCAGUGCCUAAUGUUGUCAUAAGAGACACAUCAUUGUUCUCAGUUUCUCCUGAUUUGACGGAACUGUUAGACACUUGGAAACAACAAAUACUUCAGUUUAUAGCAUAUAUGCAAACACCUCAACAUAAAGAAGUUCUUAAGAAGCAGAUUGAAGACGAAAAGAAAAGAAACUCUGACUUAAUAAACCAAUUGAAUUAUUUGGAGAAACAAAUUAAAGGUCUUCUUGAAAAAGGUGUUACAUUAUUAAAGUCACGACUCUUUGAAUUGGGUAUCAAUUCCUCGACAUCUAAUGAGUUAUUAGAAAAGGGCAAAGAAAUGGUGGCUCAUAAUAGAGAAUUACAGAUAAAGGAGGCGUCUCUUAGAAAGAUUGUAAAUAUUUUGGAGACGAAAAAUAAUUUAUUAACGAAUAAAACUCAACGAACUGAACCUUUAAUAACCAAUUCAAAUACCACACAUUGUGGGAAUGGUUUUCGUAAAAAUAAAGAUAAUAUUUUGACUGAAUUAACAGCAAUGUUGGAACAGAAGAAGCAAUUGUCUUCGAAAGUAAAUCAAUUAGAAGAAGAAGUUUCUAUUUUGGAGAAAUCGCAAAAUAUGUUGACAUACAAGUCAUCUCAUAUUAUAAAUAAUAAUAAUAAUAAUACUAACAAUACUGAGAGUGGAUCGACUGCUAUUAAUAAUGGCCAACAUAUGGGUGUCAUAGUGUCUAAUGACUCUAAAUAUAAAUAUAUAAAUAAUUCAAUAAAACUUCCCAAUUAUGAAGAGAGAAUAAAUUCUUUAAUAAUUCAAGCUCUCAAUGAAGGGAAUACAUAUCCAAACAAGAAUUCUCACAGAAAAGGAGUUCAGAAUCUUAAGAAUCAAAAUGAUAUUCAGUCCAAUGUUAACACUAAAGAUAAGGAUUGCAAUAUUGUUUCGAUUAAAGAGAGUAAUGUGAGUAACAAAGAGGUGUCACAUAAUUCAGUGACCACUGAAACGAACCAUAAAGAAGGCAACGGCAGCCAAAGUCUCAGCUCAUCAACAAAUGAAUAUAAUUCACCAAAAAAUCAUUCACCUAAAAGAUCAGUAGACAGAAUGCAAGACAAACCAUACGAAAAGAAACCACUUCUCAUGACACUAAAGAUUGACCGCAAAGACAACAGCGCCUCUAUUAAGGAAUGCAAUUCACCGAUAACUGAGACAUACACUAAAUAUAGCGAUUUAAAACAUAAAAGAAAAUCAAGUGAUGACUCAAAUUAUAACCGAAAAAAAUCAAAGUCUCCUUCCUCUUCACCGAACAACAACUCUGACAAUACUCGUCGACCUUCUGUUGUGAUAAAAUUUUCGGGAAUAUCAACUGAUAAGCCCGUGACCGGUGAGGAAGUGAUUAAAGUUAGCACAUCUGACCACAAAAAGAGUGAACAUACAAAGACAAAAGCAAUGAAUUGCAAGAUGGAGUCAACACAAUCUGUAUUGAAUGGUAAGCAUAAGUGGAGGGACAGUAUAGACAGUAGAUUUGAUAAAUUGAUUGCAUUGGUUGAGCAUCAGAUUGAACCGCACAAACCAAAUAUAAUUCCAAGUUUUUAUUGUUAACAUUAAUACUUGUUUUAGACUUUUAAACAAUUAAUUUAUUUAAUUGAUAUUAUAGUUAAUUAUAUAGUGAUAUAUUAUAAAUUAUAGUUAAAUUAUAUAGUAAUAAAU